AAAAGAAGUGGGUUAACGAUGGGUCCUCGUACGACCUUUACACUCUUCCUGUUAAUCUCAACGAUUGGCCACUCUAUAACGGCGACCCAGUUCAUAUCGUCUCCUAUUGGCAUUCAGGAACCGAACCAACUUCGUGAGCCAAAAGAUUUCACAAUAGCGACCCCGUUUUCACACGCUGAUGAUUAUAAUCUAUCAAGUGAAGUGUCAAAUUCGCAGGAACCGGAAAUGUGGAUUGAUAGAAUUGACGAAAGACGCAAAAGGGAGUUGGUGACGAACUGUACGAGUGUGAAUUGCACGGCGUCGGAUCCUUUCGGAUUAUUUAAUAUGACCGAAGAAGAAUUUCUUGGUCAAAUUAGAGAUUUUAUAUUUCCGCGAACGUGGAUGUGGAUAUUGAUUAUUAUGCACACAACUGUUUUUGUCGUUGGUUUAAUGGGAAAUGCACUGGUGUGCGUUUCUGUUUACAGAAAUCAUUCCAUGAGGACCAUCACGAAUUAUUUUAUAACUAAUUUGGCAGUUGCCGACUUUAUGGUUCUUCUCUUCUGUUUACCACCUUCGUUAGUAUGGGACGUUACUAUGACUUGGUUUUUUGGAGUGGUUAUGUGCAAAAUUGUACUUUAUCUUCAGACGGUCUCCGUCACAGUUUCCGUCUUGACGCUGACUUUCAUCUCAAUCGAUCGCUGGUACGCGAUUUGCUACCCCCUCAAAUUCAAAUCUACCACGAGCAGAGCGAAGACGGCUAUUAUUAUGAUAUGGAUGCUGGCACUCUUAUUCGAUAUUCCCGAACUGAUUGCUUACGAAACUGCGGGGAGCGAAGAACUCAAAAUUGAUACCAUUUACUUUACCCAAUGUGCACCUAAUUGGUCGGAAGGCACCGAAACCACUUGGAACAUCGUGAAAUUGGUUUUAUUGUACCUAAUUCCACUACUUUUUAUGACCGUUACGUAUUGCCAGAUUGUGCAAGUUCUCUGGAGGUCCGGAACUGUAAACCAUCACCCAUUAAAUUCCAACAACAGAUCGGUGAACUCGUUUCCGAACACGAACGUCAACUUAGAAGGACAGCUGAGGUCGAGGAAAAAAGCAGCCAAGAUGCUCGUCGCUGUCGUGGUUAUGUUUGCAGUUUGCUACUUUCCGGUGCAUUUGCUGAACGCGCUCAGGAUAAUAAUCGGGCUGAAGAACACGGAUACCAACCGCGCGUUUUCUUUAGUGUCCCACUGGCUUUGUUACGCUAACAGUGCCGUGAACCCAAUCAUCUACAACUUCAUGAGUGGGAAAUUCAGAAAAGAGUUUCGGCGCGCCGUGGGUUGCUGCACAACAUCCCCCAGCAAUGGAAACUACGAAAUGAAUAGUUUAUACUGCAAAAAUACAGUCAAAGAGUAUCCUAAUGGGUCAGGAAGACACUUUAGAUCCUCGAGGAGAACAACUCGAAGCACUUGUGCUGAGGCCAACUUUGCGCAUAGGAGAAGUACCAAGACCAGCGUGGUGAGACUCGAAAUGUAA